AUGGUGCAGAAUGCGUCAUUCCCAGGGAACUGCUGUGCAAAGAAGGGGGACUUCUUGGACCCUGAAGCUCCCCGGGCAGCCUGGCUGGUAACUGCGCUGUCCAGCGUGCUGAUCUUCACCACCGUGGUGGACAUCCUGGGGAGCCUGCUGGUCAUCAUUUCCGUGCUCAAGAAUAGAAAACUGAGGAAUUCAGGGAACGCCUUUGUAGUAAGCUUGGCAUUUGCAGACCUAGUGGUGGCCUUGUAUCCCUACCCAUUAGUACUUGUGGCUAUUUUUAAAAAUGGAUGGGUCCUAGGAGACAUACACUGCCGAGUGAGUGGCUUUGUCAUGGGCCUGAGCGUGAUUGGGUCGAUCUUCAACAUCACCGGAAUUGCUAUCAACAGAUACUGCUACAUCUGCCACAGUUUUGUCUAUGACAAGCUAUUCAGUACUUGGAAUACGAUAUUUUAUGUCUGCCUAAUCUGGGGAUUAACUGUGUUGGCAACGGUUCCAAACUUUUUCAUUGGGUCAUUAGAAUAUGAUCCCCGUAUCUAUUCAUGUACAUUUGUUCAAACUGUGAGUUCAUCCUAUACCAUUACCGUAGUCGUUAUUCACUUCAUCGUGCCGAUCACGGUGGUUACCUUCUGCUAUCUUCGGAUCUGGAUUUUGGUGAUUCAAGUAAGAAGAAAGGUCAAGUCUGAAACCAAACCAAGGAUGAAGCAAAGUGAUUUCCGAAACUUUCUGACAAUGUUUGUUGUGUUUGUUAUCUUUGCUUUUUGUUGGGCGCCCCUGAACUUUAUCGGCCUGGCAGUGGCCAUCAACCCAUCAGAAAUAGCCCCCAAAAUCCCAGAGUGGCUAUUUGUGCUGAGCUACUUCAUGGCCUAUUUUAAUAGUUCCCUUAAUGCAAUAAUAUAUGGACUCCUUAAUCAAAACUUCCGUAAGGAAUAUAAACGCAUUCUCAUGUCACUGUGGAUGCCACGACUCUUCUUUCAGGAAAUAUCCCGAGGCGGGACCGAAUGCCCAAAAAGCAAACCUUCCCCAGCUUUAAAUAACAAUGAACAGCUAAAAACCGACACUGUCUAA